AACGUACGCCGAACGAAACCAUCUCAAAAUCUUCACACAGUUCUUCCAUUUCUUCAACCAAAUCGAACAAGGGUUUUAGGGCUCAAUCCAAUUCAAAAACUUUCUGCUAAAACCCUCCAUAUCAAUGAGCGCAAAAAUGGCGGCCCUUACAACUACUCUUCACAACCUUCCUUCAACCGUAGCUCCGAAUCCGAAUCGAAGCAUCUUCUCCAUUCAUCGUAUUUCGUCUUCAUCUGGAGUAUGGAACAAAGCUUCCUUUCGGAUUCAGAGAGCUUCAAAUGUCUUUUCUUUGGCUGGUUCAAAGAGGAUGAAGACCCACGAGCCUUCAUUUUCGAAGUCACGCAGAGGGUAUCUCAUGUGUGCUAUAAAUGAUAACAAAUCUGAGGCAAACUCGAAGGCCACAGAUCAAAAAGUUAGUGAUAGUAAUGUGGUCGAACCAUUUGGAGGUAAAUCAGGAUCUGUUUCGUUUAUUGGAUUGACUCACCAGUUGGUUGAAGAAGGGAAAUUGGUGUCAACACCCUUCAAAGAAAGUCGGUCUUUGCUCUGGAUCGUUGCUCCUAUUGCAAUAAUCUUAUCAGUUUUGAUCCCACAGUUUUUCGGCAUCAUAAGUGAUGAACUCAUCAAGGAUGUCGUUUUGACAGAGAUUGUGUAUACCGCUACUUCUGAAGUCAUGUUUUACAUAGGCCUGGCUACAUUUCUUCUAGUAACGGACAGAGUGCAAAGACCCUAUUUGCAAUACAGCACCAAGAGAUGGAGCCUUAUAACCGGCCUUCGAGGAUACCUAACAUCUGCAUUCUUGGUGAUGGGGUUUAAAGUCUUAGCACCUCUAUUUGCUGCAUUUGUGACUUGGCCGUUGAUCGGUUUGGCGGGCGUGGUUUCUGUCAGUCCGUACUUAAUGGGCUGUUUGGUUCAGUUUAUAUACGAGAAAAUCUGUGAAAAACGUGGCUCAUCUUGUUGGCCUCUUGUCCCAAUUGUUUUUGAGGUUUAUAGGUUGUAUCAGUUGAGUAAAGCUAUGCAUUUCAUGGAGAAGUUGAUGUUUCAAAUGAGGGGUUUGCCGAAGUCGCCGGAACUGAUGGAGAAGAGCGGUGCAUUGGCGGCAAUGAUCGUGACGUUUGAAGUUCUUGCGGUGGUUUGCAUCUGGUCGUUUUUGACAUUUAUACAAAGGCUUUUUCCAUCCAGACCUAUUGCUGAGAAUUAUUGAGAGCUGAUUUUUGUUUGUGUAGGAUGUCUGUUGUAAAGUCAGUCAGUCAGUCGGUCUGUUUCUAUGAGCUCAUUCAGAUGAGGAUUGUUUGACAAGAGAUAAAAAUUCUAAAAACCAAGCCUUUUUACAUGAUUGUCGAU